UGUCGAUGGACGUGAGCAGAUUCUGUCCGUGCUCGUGUCCAUUCACAUUGAUCAGUAUACACAAUUGAGCACCGAAUCAAUCCACUAGCUCAUCAUGAACUUGUUCUUCCCUCUCUUGGCACCAUCCUUCCCUCCCUGUCCCUUCUUCCUCAACCUGUCCAUGAGCUCUCUCUUCUGCCGGUCCGAUGCACCGCCUCUCUGAGGUGUCGUUGGCCAGUCGUCACCCCUGGCAUCGCUGUCACUGUCGCCCUCGUCUUCAUGGCCAGCAGCUUUUGUCGCCUCGAGCAUUUUCUGCUCCUUCUUGCGCUUCUUUAGGGCGCGUUUGGAUGUGCCCUCAAUGAACGACAGCACUGACGUGAGCGACGCGUCCUGUGCAGACACACAGCAAUAGGAGGGCCUGGCUACUGAUGCAGAUUUAGUUUGUGUGCUGGCUGCCUGACCUUGUCCUUGGCUUGCUCGGGUUCUUCAGCUGGCUGCACAGCGCAGCCCUCAUCGUCUCUUGACUUGUUCCUACGCUUUCGGGAUUUGCGUUCCGCUGAGGCAUAGCAUGACAGGCGGAAAAGCGACAGAAAAGUGUGAUUGCCAUCACCAAGUGUGUCGUCAUUGCUUACCGUGGCUGAAGAGCUUGUCCAGCGCCCGUGACUCCCUGUGCAGCCACAGACGACACGCAGACAGACAGCGGCGGAUACAUCAUCGAUUUGCAUGUUGGCUGCAUAUUCUUUUCUCUCACUCUGUGGGCUCUUGUUCAGACGGUGCUGAGAUAUCUUGGCUCAUCUGCUGCCGGCCCUUGUCUUUGCCCUUCCGCCUGUCCUUGGCCCUCUUGUCCUUCCCGCCGCCAGCACCACCGACGCUGGCAGUGCUGAUAGCCUCUGUGGUGCCCUCGUCUUCGUCCUUAAUGGGUGCCGCCUCGAGCAGCAGAGACGCAACAGGGUCCUGAACACAAGAAUGCGCAUCGAUCGAUCAUGUAUGCGAGGGCGUCUGGUCGCAAGUACCUGCUUGAGCUGUGCGACCUCUUCGUCUUCGUCGACAUUGCCAGCGGCGCUUCGAGAUGUGUUGCGCCGUUCCUCGUCCUCGCGAGCAGCAAGGAUGUCUUGGAAGAGGGCCUGACCAUACAUGGAGGUAGACAGAGAAUAUGCAGUUGCUGGUUGUUGUGGUGGCUGUGCCGUUUGUCACUCGUGUACCCUUGCUUUGCUCUUCUUCUCCUGUCGCGCCUCCCUGCGUGCAGGCAGUGCAUCACGCAGACAGACAGAUGGAUUCAUCACUGCGAGGGAGGGGUCUCUGGGGUUCGCUUCUCAUUUACCAUUCUUCCUUGCUCUUUUUGUAGCGGGGCAACUCGCAACGCCGAUACACGGCGUAGUUGGCCGCCUGACGACAUAUACAAACACGUGGAUGCGGCUGCAGCGUUUGUGUGUGUGGACCGCACGCAAACUGACCUUGAGCUCCUCUUCUAUUUCCAGCAGCUCACCAACCAGCGCCGUCUUUGCCUCAGGCUGAACACACGCACAUGGACACAGCGCAGGUGUGUGUUUGUGGUGGCCAGCCACUGCAUACCGAUGCUGCCCUGUACAGGGCCGUCACGGCAAAGCUCCCGUUCGGAUGAAGAGCCAUUUCACGAUAGUGACCUGACCCAGCCACAAACACACACACACACACACACACUCUUAGACACAUACAUACAGGUGGGUAGAUGGACAUCAUUCAUACCGGUGAAUGUACGGACGAGUUUGUUGAGCAGACUCGAUGACAGGGGCGUGGAAGGGUCCUGAAGAGGAGAUAGACAGGCAAGCACACAGGUGUGCCACCACACUGCCCCCGCCCCGGCAGCGCUAGGCCCACCCCACCGUGAUGGCUUCGAUCACCCGACACCCCUGCGCAUGCUUGGCCAGAGCCAGCAGCGGAAACGCCGACUGCUGCGAGUGCGAGGGCCCCUGCCCGCCACUGGCGGCCGCCUGUUCACUCUUCCCGGGCCCUGCUGUAGCCAAGAAGCUCCUGAAGCCGGCUGUGAGUGGGUGUAUGGUGGUGGCGGGGAAGUGCAGCAGGCAGAUGGCGAGGGAACAUCCCACAGCCUCGAAGCGCAGUCGGGUGGGUGCUGCCGGCUGCUGUUCCUGUUGCUGCUGCUGCUGCUGCUGAGAGGCCACGUCCGAUGCUGAGUGUGGUGUGAGUGUGAGGAGGGACUGCCACGCUGCCGGGGCGGCAGACGGGGCCGACAGGUUGAGGGCGUCAAAGAUGCCCUGACAGAGAGAGAGAAAGGCACGCCUGCGAAUAGCCAGUGGCGCGGAGACUGUUCAGUUCUGACCUUAGCGCAUGUCUUGAAUCCAGCGUGCAGUCUUCUGCACGCCUCAGCGCAUCGCCACAUGACGCCUGUCUUGCCACUCGCAAGGGCAACACCGAAGUCAAUCUCUACAGGUAUACCACACCCAAAGCCACAAAUGCACGCCAGCCAUCUUCGUAAAUGCACGCCAGCCAUCUUCGUAUCAGUGAGUGGAUUUGUUUAUGGGGCCCGUACCUUGCAGCAGGAGACCAAAUAGCGACUCUGACAGCUGCGAACAGCCCAGCAGCUUCUGGAUGACGAAGUUGCCGAGACCAUCUACAGACACACACGGACACCCGCAAUCUGUGCGCUGAGCGCUGCGUUUGUGUGUCUGACCCUGCGCCAGUGCAUUGAUCCGCCCCCUGAAGUAGUGGGUGAAGAUAAAAGAAAACUGAGCCUGAGACCGAGAGGGAGAGAAGGUCGGCCGGCCGUGAGAGGAUGGAUGAUGCGUACUGAUGAUGCUGUCUCGAGGACGGUCUCCAUGACGGCACUGCCGACGGGUGACCGAAUCAACUCGUCUGAGAAAAGAUAAGGGCAAAGGAAGCAUCAACGUCCUUUCGCUCUCUGUGGCGGUGUGUGUCUCUGAUCGCCUUGCAGCCCUACCUGCAAUAUCCCACAGCAGCUGCGGCCCUUCAGCUCCACCUUCCGUCUUGACGGCAGCCUUCUUGCCUUCCUUCUGUACCCAUUGAACACACAGCCGUGUGUCAACCCACAUGUGGCUGGGAUCCUUCUCACCAGAUGCUGCUUAGUCGCGGGAAGGGCCAGCAUUGUGUCCGCCACGGCAGCGACGUCUUGGUCUCUCUGCUGGUCCCUCUGCACCCGCAUGACCAGAAUCAGGACGGGCGCGCAGUAGGGGUCGAGACACACGUCAUACACGUCCUCCCUCAGGGCGUCCAGCAGGCAGCUCUCCAGGUGUUUGGCGAACAGGGGGAAGUACUCCGGGAGAUGGGAUGUCCGCGAGAGAGCCGAGAGAUCCUCCAUGUCCUUCCUCUUGCCGGCCUUGGUCGUGCCUGCAUCAGGGAGGGAACAAGGAUUCUGUGUGGGUCGCAUGGUGUCGGCGGGUGGCUGGCUCACCUGUGUUUGCAUCGUCGGUCUUUCGUUGGUAUCCGUUGAGCGCGAGUGUGAGCGAUCGGACCACGUGUGUGGCGCAUGGGUCGCACAUGAGGGACACCCACUGCCGAGUCGUGGUCAGCCCUCCACUGCCCUCAUCCACAUUGCCCAGCCGCAGCUCCUCCGUGUCCUCACCCCUGCACCACACAACCAGCACACACACAGACGCACAUCUACUCUUGCGUCUGAUGGAAGGGUGCGCUGUCUUCUCACCCGAGGCCCUUGACGAACACAUACAGCGCAUUCUCCAGCCUGACCCUCUCCCUCUCAAGCGCCAGCCGUACUCCUUCACUGAGAUUGCCGCCCUCGCUCUCCCCCAUUUGCUCGUAAAGAUGCGGCACCGCACCAAUCAGCGUCUGCAGCACGUGCGAGGCGUAGGCAUUGCUGGCGAUGGAUGACGCAUUGGCCGCGAAACGGUCGAAGAGGGCAGCCACCGACCCCUGGUUGGACGCCUCUUCCUGCCGCUCGUCGUCUUCGCCCUGUGGUUGCAUCUCUUGGUCCUCCGUUUGGUUGGCGGGGAGGGCGAUGAGUGUCCGGAUGACCUUUUCGAGGAUCUUGCUGCACCGCUGAUCCAUCGCCGCUUGCCAAUCCUGAAGGAGAGAGGGGAGAUUCACACCACCACCGUACGGACAAAAUGAGUGAUCAGGUUUAAGGCCCUCCUCCCAUGUGCUGACCUUUUCCACGACUUCCGAUAGCACUUGUGUGAGGAACACUCGCCGCUCGGCGUCGUUGGGGAAGUCAUCUUCAUCAAUCACCUUCUGCAGGUUCCUGAAAUACUCCACCACCUGCGCCUGGUGCUCCUGGUAGCGACUUGCAUCUCGCCUCUUCUUGUGUUGGCCAUGCCUCCGUCCGCCUCCCCUGUCGCCUCUUGUGCCCUCCCUCGCCACUCCUCUGCCCCUUCCCCUUCCCCGUCCUCGUGACCCACGACCGCCUCUGCCGCGCUCUCUGAUGCCGCCUCUGACCAUGAAUGAGAUCGGAAUCAGACAAAGCGAGCAGGCUGCAUGAGGUUGAUAGAUCCUUCGCG